GUAUAAUCAAAUCACCCAUAAAAGGAACUUUAGUUGGAUAAGAUUUGGGAUGUUUUCUGUAUUUUGUUUUUCCUUGGUCGUGGAAAUACAAACGACGACGUUUUGAGUGGCCUUUGUUUUUCAUCCUCUAGACCAAGUGUAUAUAAAACAGAGACGAAAAACGUUGCGAAAAUACGAAAGGCUUAGAAAUGGUGGUGACGUCUUUCUCUUCAGCGCCGCCUAUCUUCUUCUUACCUGGAGCUGAUGCUCAGUUUUCUUCUUCCAAUGGAAGGUUUGCUAUUCCUUCCUCUUCUCUCGUAAAGGGACUAAGAAGACACCAAGAUGCAAAGUUGGUGGGCAACAGAGCCAGAGUUGGAGUAGUACGAGUCCUAGCGAACCCAAAUGUAUCUCCUCCUCCUCCUCCAGGAAAAGCAAAGGUAAAAAAAGAGGUAAUCAUGGUAGACCCUCUUGAGGCUAAGCGGUUAGCUAGUAAGCAAAUGGAAGAGAUUAAAGGCAGAGAAAAGCAACAGAGAAGGCGUGAAAUAGAGGCUAUUAACGGAGCAUGGGCAAUCAUAGGACUCAUGAUAGGGCUGGUGAUCGAAGCUCAAACGGGGAAGGGUAUUCUGGCUCAGUUGGCUGGUUAUUGGUCUGCAGUUGUCCAUUUGUUCACUCCAUCAACUUAGAAUGAAUUAAGUUUCAUUUGGUUUUCUCUACUCUCAACUGUGACCAAAUCUAAUGUUGUGUUCAUGCAAGUUAAGUUGUUAAACACAUACACUUUGUAAAUCCUCCCUUGUUUCAAAAUGUCAAAUCCUGCCAUUUGUAAAAGAACAAAAUUUAAAGAGUUUUACACUUAAAUAAGAAUCAAACAUACACUUUUGUAACAAUUUCUAAGAAAAUAUUUCCGUUUAGGUUUUCAAUUAAUUCUGCCUUGAAUUCAAUGAAAUUGUUUGAUGGAUUCACACCAAAAAAAAUGAAAUUGUU